CAAAGUACGAUAGUAGAACACGUAUGAUACGUGUUCGAGUACAAAGUACGAUAGUAGGAUAGUAUGAUACGUGUUCGAGUACAAAGUACGAUAGUAGGAUAGUAUGAUACGUGUUCGAGUACAAAGUACGAUAGUAGGAUAGUAUGAUACGUGUUCGAGUACAAAGUACGAUAGUAGGAUAGUAUGAUACGUGUUCGAGUACAAAGUACGAUAGUAGGAUAGUAUGAUACGUGUUCGAGUACAAAGUACGAUAGUAGGAUAGUAUGAUACGUGUUCGAGUACAAAGUACGAUAGUAGGAUAGUAUGAUACGUGUUCGAGUACAAAGUACGAUAGUAGGAUAGUAUGAUACGUGUUCGAGUACAAAGUACGAUAGUAGGAUAGUAUGAUACGUGUUCGAGUACAAAGUACGAUAGUAGGAUAGUAUGAUACGUGUUCGAGUACAAAGUACGAUAGUAGGAUAGUAUGAUACGUGUUCCCUAUAUUCACUUGGUGGAAAAAUGAGAAGUUACCUACUUUUUGCAUCUUUUUUUUUGCCGCAUCGAGUUGCGGCUGUUUUUGUUCGUUAAACAUGUUUUCAUAUUUUAUUGUGAUUUUGAUAGACACGUUAGAAGACGAAAUGUUGCGUUUAUCAUUGCUUUUGAUAAUGGUCACUUCUUUGCUUGCAGAUGAAGAUUGCAAUAGGGUAUGUUUUUCUGUAUAUCUACCAGUCUGUGGUAGCGAUGGUAACACAUAUAGCAAUGAAUGUUUAAUGUCGAUCGCAUCAUGCAUUAAACGACAAACAAUUACAAAAGUUAGCGAGGGUGAAUGUAAUGACCCAGAAGCAAACUGUAAAAAGGUAUGCCCAAAAAUGUUUCAACCAGUGUGUGGCAGUGAUGGUAAUACAUACAGUAGUAAAUGUGAAUUAUCGGUUAUGUCCUGCAAAAAAAAUUGGACUAUUACAAAACUCUACGACGGUGAAUGCAGGCUUCAAGAACUAAAUUGUAAUAUGGCGUGUCCUCAAGUGAUAGACCCAAUAUGUGGUAGCGAUGGCCAAACCUACAACAAUAAAUGUGAAUUAUUAAUCGCAGCAUGCUUAAAACAACAAGCUAUUAUUAAAGUUUAUGAUGGAGGAUGCAACAAUGAAGGAAAGUGUAAAAAUAUUCCUUGUAAUCGAAUAAACGCACCAGUGUGUGGUAGUGAUGGAAAUAUAUACUCAAAUGAGUGUCUUUUGAGAACUGCUUCAUGCAAACAAAAGAAAGCUAUUACAUUAAUACGAAAUACCAAUGACAAAAGUUGUUCAUGUCUCUUUGAAUGCACAAAAGAAUAUAAUCCUGUAUGUGGAUCAAACAGAAUAACGUAUUCUUCAGAAUGUGUAAUGCGUCGGUACAGCUGUUUAACUAAAAAAGCUAUUAUUGCUAUCAGAAAAGGAAUAUGUAAACUUCCAAGAAAAACAAACGAGGAUAUUUUUUUGUCCAGCGAAACAGAAAUAUUUUGAAAAAGUUAUGUUAAAAUAGUCUAACAAGAACAUGUGCGAAAAGUUAA